AUGGAACAGGCACGAACUAUGUAUCGCCCUCCUCCAUUGCCACAUCCUAUUACUCUCCUAGACAACUACGAGCUCGCUGAACUCGUCAAAGGAAUAUCGUCUCCUAGAGCAUCCGAAACCGCCAUGUACAUCAUUCUGAAGGGAAUAUCCGGGCGGACAUUUCUUGAUUUUCAAGGACAGGAUCUACAGAUUUUGUCCCAAGGCGACCAAGGAGUUCGAGAAGCAUUAACGCGUCUACAAGAAGCUCCUCCCGAGUUCUUGAUUUCCCUUCACUCACGGAGUCCGCGUUCUCUUGCAGCACAAUUCGACUCGCUGAGGGAUGACAUCCAUCCACAACAAAAUCGUCGCGACGCGACUCAAAUAGGAUCCAGUCGUCAGAAUGCGACUCAAGAUAAUGAUUCCUUCCCGGCAAAUGGAGAGCUAGAAGAAGACGUGGUUUUUGAUCUCGAACCUGACCAUGAGGAAGAAGGACAUCAUUUCGACGCAGACUCUGAGGAUAGCGAACAAGACUCAUCGUAUCAGAGCGCGCGUCUCUCCGUCGAGGACGUUGCGACUAACCUAGAGGCAUCAGAAAUCUUUCUAGUGCAUCCUCCAUCCUCACGCCAUUCAGAAGAUGCACCGUGGCGACCUUUAUACCCUAUCGUCACUCCUCCUCAACAACAGCGGAGUGAGAUGGACAUUUUCACGGCCCUACGGUCAGAAGCUCCUGUUGCAUUGUCAUCCGGCCCUUCGGUUGUAUCUCCGCCCCCAAGCAUCAUCUCAGAUCAACAAGAAAUGAACUUACAGCCUCAGACCAUCACCUCCAGCGAUCUAUCUCUAAACACGACCUCAGCAUCCCCAGCAGGCGACUCUCAAGACGGACACAACGAUGCCGAAGCAAGCUCGUCGGAUGAUGAAAUAUCGUAUUGCUCCUCCUCGGAGAUUGAGUUUCCUCUCUUUCCCGGAGCUUUCAGGCUUUAUCCUACAUUCCAAGGGUCUUAUGACGCAGCUCAUGGGCCAUCUAACCGAAGCCCAAUCCAAUCUGCAUCGCAAAGUCAAGCCGACGUCGAGAACGUGCCCUCGCGAGAUCUUCCAUUCAGCAUUGACGGCCAGCCUUCCCUGUCCUCAGACCCCCCCGUGUCAUCGCCAUCGCCAUCUACAUCUAUAUCUCCCAUCACGCACCAUAUUCCAGGAACUACCAGCGAAAUGAAUGUACCAUUUGAUCAUGACCAUGACGCAAGGUCUGAUACCCUUCAUAACGGGCUCCAAGGUCAAGGUGAACCAAGAAACCUGAACGCCGGAUGCCCUGAUAGGACCAGCUGGUCGGAGUCAACGUCUUCAUCUCCUUCGAGCUCGAUCGAGAGAGAAGAAUUGGAGGGAUCGGGCUUAAUCUGUCAUCGCGACGUGUCGGAGAUCGACUUUGCAAAAAGCCCCAUUCUGUCCUCGACGGUCCACGACGAUGGCUCCGGGUACGGCUCCGAGAGUCAUCUUGGAGCUCAAGCUCAGGCCCCAGAUAGCACGACGACCCUGCCACUGCCUUCGUCGGUGCUAUCAUCUCCGCAUACCCCAACCCAUGGUCUACAACCAGCGUCCAUCGAUGAUAUUCAAAGCACCGCAGUAGUAACCUCUGGCCACGAAAGCGGGGCGACGAGCAACUCCAGUCCCGAAUGCACGCGUCGACCUCGUGCUGAUGUCAUCCAAGCUGCCUUCUCCGCAUUGGAGACCCCGUCUAUCGCUGAUGACACGCCGAUAAACGAUGCCGGAUGCCCCUCCUCUUUGUUAUUCGUUCCGCCUUGGUCAGAAGGACGCGAUGGUUAUCUGCGAGCCGGCGUAACAUCGACACCUCUAGCAGUCUGUCUUGGCCUUGGUCGUCCAGAACGUCCAGAGAUGUCGACCUUGGACCUGACUCCACCGACUAUGCUGCCUGACGACCAUCCAGACAUCCAAUGGACAUCUAUCCCCUGUCAAGAGCACCCACGUCUGUCUCCUAUUCCGGAGACACCUUUGCUCGAAGUCACCAUCGACCAAACGCCAUUCCGACACCAUUUUAUCCUGCCGUCUACUGAUGACGGUGUCGAUCGACCUCUCGAACACGAAGAAUCGUUGCUGCUGACUGCUUUAUGGACGUCAGGUGCCUUGGAUCGACUGACAAUCGCUCCAGAUGGGGGCUGCUUGCCUCGUGAUACGAUGCUGUCCGGUUCGUUUUCCGGGCUGAUUGGCUCGCAGGUCGGACCUGGGGCUGCGGCGAUUUCAAUCGCAGAUGACGAGCCACAGUCAGCGUGUCGUAAUGACGGAGAUUCUCACCUUCUGGGAGUGGAUACGAAGAUGAACGAGCGAGAUUUGUUGCAGGUAGAUACCCCAAAUACUUCGGGCAACCCUCCGACGAUUGUGCCGCCAUCUCCUUCUAGUUUAUCUGGGUCUGCUUUAGGCACCUCUAGGGCUCAGUUGACGGUAGAUCUUGUGGCUUCGGCAGCAACGAGCGACAACCCUGAAGCUCAAACAAAUAUCAACUACGAGGAUAUAAAUGCCCAGCCAAACCACCCUACGCUCCUGGUCCUGCCAGCGAAGGACUCUUCUUCUCUCUUCUCUUCUCUGUCGGAUGGAUCAACCAUCGUCAGCUCGCCCCGAACUAAGUUGCUCUGCCUUGUUGCUGAUGUUCAGGCCUCGUCCUUGCUUGAUGCUACCCCGGACAACGGUAGCCAAAGCCUUCUUGCCUUUGUUGAAAAUGCCAACUACACUUUUUUCGAUCUUCAUGGCGCGUCUACGUCUAUGCGGACAGACGCCACGAAUGACGGCUGCAUUUGUCAUGAUGAUUUUUUGACAUCAUUAUCACCGCCCAAAUUCAGCACAAGCAAUGCGGAACCCGGUCCAAAGAGCCAGUUCUUCAGCACCUCCGGCACUUCCGCUACGGGGGCUGAAGUUACCAAUGUUAUGUCAACCUGCGCAUCAAUUCACGCUCUUGAAACUAGUCUGCUCAUGACCGACCAACCUCCGAAUCUUCCUCGUAGUUCCCAGUACGGCUCAGGACUAGACCCGACGCCUCUGCUCGAUAUUCUAUCUCAGGAUGUCCUUGUCAUCACGCUUCUCGAGUCCCAACCAGUCGACCUCGAACCUGAGAACAAUGCCGAAGGGCACCCUGACAUUUGCCGGACCCAGGGAGAACGCACUGGCGACGGCAACGUAUCAUCUUACGAAACGACGCUCCCCCUCAUUCCCUUGAGCCCGUCUGGGUCGUUCUUCGAGGAAUUCCCUCCUUCCUUAUGCGACCUGGACUAUUUUCGUGAUGAUACUCUCGAUGCAUCUCUUAUCACCCCGAGCACGGCGAAUUCGAUAUCAGCUUCCAGGAUAUCGCAGGAUAUUCCACGACCGUCCAUGCCGCCUGUGGCCGAAAGUUACUUUGAGGACAGCAUUCAGGGAAGGAUCUCGUCAUGGCCGAACUUUGAAGCAUCUAAAACAAGAUCUACCAUGCAUGGAGUUCGAAAGACAAGACCUCUUACUGCCUUCAGGGCUUCAACAAGCGAGCAAGACCUUCCCGUAUCGUAUCAUGAUGCAUCAGUUCAAACAGACGUUCACCACCACCAAAACGAAUCCCUUGUUUUAUCUCAAGAAUUCGAAUCUAACAUGUCAACUGAUAGCUCUUCCUCCCUAUCAGUCAGACUUCGGGAGAAUGGCCUCCUGCGGGAGAUUAUAGGCAGGGUACCAAGUCUCUUCCGGGGCAAGGGCGUUGUUAUCUAG